AUGCCCGGUGGUGGUUUAAAUCUCGUCGACGGUGUUCGUCGCUGGCUUUUUUCUCAACGUCGUUCUUCUCCUCCUUCUUCUUCUUCCUCCAAUAAUCACGAUCAGAUUCACAAUCCCGAUAAAUUACUCGACGACGACGGCGAUUCAAAAGAAGUCACCGGUAUCGUAGAUUUCGAUCCGUCUAAGCUAAAAAAAAUCAAGGUCCCAAAACGACAUCGUUUACCAAUGGAUUCUCAAAAGAAGGUGAUUAUACCAAAUGACGAUUUCUUCACCGAGUAUGGAGAAGCAAACAGGUAUCAGAUUCAAGAAGUGAUCGGCAAAGGAAGCUAUGGAGUUGUUGGCUCUGCGAUAGACACACACACAGGAGAAAGAGUUGCGAUCAAGAAGAUAAACGAUGUCUUUGACCACAUCUCCGACGCGACUAGGAUCUUGAGAGAGAUCAAGUUGCUUCGUCUGCUUCUUCAUCCAGAUGUUGUGGAGAUCAAACAUAUAAUGCUCCCACCUUGUCGGAGAGAGUUUAGAGAUGUUUACGUUGUGUUUGAGUUGAUGGAAUCUGAUCUUCAUCAGGUGAUUAAAGCGAACGAUGAUUUGACUCCAGAGCAUCAUCGGUUCUUCUUGUACCAGCUUCUUCGUGGUUUGAAGUAUGUUCAUGCUGCGAAUGUGUUUCAUAGGGAUUUGAAACCAAAGAACAUUUUAGCUAAUGCUGAUUGUAAAUUGAAGAUAUGUGACUUUGGUCUUGCUCGUGUUUCUUUUAACGAUGCACCAUCUGCUAUUUUUUGGACUGAUUAUGUUGCUACUCGGUGGUAUCGUGCUCCUGAACUCUGUGGAUCUUUUUUCUCCAAAUAUACACCUGCGAUUGAUAUUUGGAGCGUUGGUUGCAUAUUUGCUGAGAUGCUUUUAGGGAAGCCAUUGUUCCCUGGAAAAAACGUAGUUCACCAAUUGGAUAUCAUGACUGAUUUUCUUGGCACUCCACCUCCAGAAGCAAUAUCAAAGAUUAGAAAUGAUAAGGCGAGGAGAUAUCUUGGCAACAUGAAGAAAAAACAACCAGUCCCAUUUUCUAAAAAAUUCCCUAAAGCUGAUCCUUUGGCACUCCGCAUAUUGCAACGCCUGAUUGCUUUCGAUCCAAAAGAUCGUCCAUCCGCUGAAGAAGCACUAGCUGAUCCGUACUUCAAUGGUCUGUCUAGUUCAGAGAAGGAACCAUCGACACAGCCGAUUUCAAAGCUUGAGUUUGACUUUGAGAGAAAGAAGUUAUCAACAGAUGAUGUCAGAGAGUUGAUCUACCGAGAGAUACUGGAGUAUCAUCCUCAGAUGCUUGAGGAGUACCUUAGUGGUGGCAAUGAGCUCAGCUUCAUGUACCCAAGUGGGGUAGAUAGAUUUAGGAGGCAGUUUGCUUACCUUGAAGAAAACCAAGGUCAGGGAGGAAGAAGUAAGGCACUUCAUCAUCAUGCUUCUUUACCAAGAGAGCGAGUUCCUGUAUCCAAGAAUGAUGAGACAGUGGAAGAAAGCAGCAAUAAUAUUCUCACUAAAAUAUCAGCUGCUGUAGCUUCGACCUUAGGCAGUUCCAAUUCUUCACAACAACCUGAAGAUACAGAUAAUGGAGGAGGAGGGUACAGUGCGCGUAACCUGACGAAAAGCAAUAGCAUCAGUGGUUCUAAAUGUAUUGGUGUCCAAUCUAAUAUCAAUAUUGAGGACGCCAUUGCAGAGGUCCAGGAUGAGACAGUUGAAGAGAAAGUUGCAUCUACACAAUAA